CCGUCCUCCUGCACAGAGGGGGUGUCGCACUGAGCAGAUUGUGCGGACAGCAAGUCUGCAUGAAAGCCUGAUUAUUAUUCCCGGACUCAGACAUUUAUGACGAUGGCGGCCGAUGAGAAUGAAGAAAUUCGAAGCUUGGAGCUCAAUGGCCAAGUGGGCUUCAACAGCCUCCCUCAUCAAGUGGUCAGGAAGUUUGUCUCUCAGGGAUUCUGCUUUAACAUCCUCUGCAUAGGUGAGACAGGGAUAGGCAAAUCAACCCUGAUCAACACGCUCUUUAACACCACAUUUGAAAACGAGGAAGCUGAUCAUUAUGAACAAGAGGUGAAGUUGCGCUCACAGACAUACGAGCUGCAGGAGCACACCGUCAAACUGAAGCUGACCGUGGUGCACACUGCGGGGUUUGGAGACCAGAUUAACAAGGAAGAAAGCUGCAAACCCAUUCUUGGCUAUAUAGAAGCUCAGUUCGAGAAAUAUCUGGAAGAGGAGCUAAAAAUAAAACGCUGCCUCUUCAGCUAUGAUGACACCAGAAUCCACGUCUGCCUGUAUUUCAUUGCUCCCACUGGGCACACCCUGAAAUCUCUUGAUCUCGUCACAAUGAAGAAGUUGGACAGCAAGGUGAACAUCAUCCCCAUCAUUGCAAAGGCAGACAUCAUGUCCAAAAGUGACCUGGGAAACUUAAAGAAGACGAUCAUGAACGAGCUGAAGAGCUAUGGCGUGCAGCUCUAUCAGUUUCCGACUGAGGAUGAGGAAGUCGGAGAGAUAAACUCUUCCCUAAAUGAUCGACUUCCCUUUGCUGUGGUUGGAAGCACAGAGGAUGUAAAAAUAGGGAACAGGAUGGUGAAAGCACGGUCAUACCCCUGGGGAGCUGUACAGGUGGAAAAUGAAGAGCACUGUGACUUUGUUCAUCUGAGGGAAAUGCUUCUACGUGUUAACAUGGAUGAUCUCCGGGAGCAAACACACUUUCGUCACUAUGAGCUCUAUCGUCGCUGCAAGCUAGAAGAGAUGGGCUUCAAGGACACUGACCCUGACAGCCAGUCGUUCAGCCUGCAGGAGAUGUACGAGGCCAAAAGAAAGGAGUUCCUCAAAGAGUUGCAGCAACGAGAGGAAUCGAUGAGACAGAUGUUUGUUAACAAAGUGAAGGAAACAGAGGUAGAGCUGAAAGAGAAAGAAAAGGAGCUUCACGAGAGGUUCGAACAGCUGAAGCGCAUGCACCAGGAAGAAAAGAGGAAUUUGGAGGAGAAAAGACGCGAGCUGGAGGAAGAGAUGAACGCCUUCAACCGGAGGAAGGUGGCGGCUGAAACGCUGAUGGGACAGGCGCUGCAGGGGUGUUCGCAUCAGCCACUCAAGAAGGAAAAGGACAAAAAGAACUUCUUUAGUCUUCCGUCUGCGUGCUCCCUAACCUCAGGAAGGAACGUGAAUUAGAAGACUUUCUACCGCAUGAGAACGUCCGACUAACAAUCAAGUGUUUUUAUUUUUUAACAAGAGUUAGUAAAAAUUUUCUAGAAAUACAAACUCUUUGAGGUUUUAUCAGGCAGAUGUCUUCCAUGUCACCUACACCUUUAUCUUCCCAUUGCAGCAUAGCCUGUGCAUGGCUUCUAAACUUAAUUUCUGUACCUGCUAAGGGGUCUACUUUUCAGAAAUGUGUUUUUAUAAUAAUGUGCCUUGCAAAAGUGUUCACGCCUCUGGAGUGGGGGUCAUGUUUCAGCCACAAAUUUCUUUGUCUUUUAUUAUAAUUUUAUAUCUCAGACCGACAGAAAGUAGCCUAUUAUAUUGUGGUGGAAAGAAAAUACCAGGUUUUUAUGUUUUAUUUACCUUACAAAUUAAAUCUGAAAAGUGUGGAGUACAUAUUUAUUUACUCCUGUUAUCUUAAUACUUUCUUUGAGAAUCACUGUUUUGCACUCAGAGUUUUAGGUCUUUUUUCAAGCUUAGCCAGAUAGGAUGUGAGAGCCUUUUUUAAGAUUAGUUUUUGAAGUCUUUUGCAAUAGAUUUAUAAUCAUGUAUUACACCUGUCUUUGCUUUAGGAUAUCCUAAUAAAGGACCCAGGUAUUUUCUUCUAUACAUUCUAUCCAUCUAUUCUAUUUACUUUUU